AAAAACCAAGUUGCCAUGAACCCCAGCAAUACUAUAGUUGAUGCUAAACGGCUUAUUGUCAGAAAGUUUGAUGAUUCCAUUUUCCAGUCUGACAUGAAACUCUGGCCCUUUAAGGUGGUUAAUGACAGCGGAAAACCCAAAGUACAAGUUGAAUACAAAGGGGAAACUAAAACCUUCUAUCCUGAGGAGAUCUCCUCCAUGGUCCUAGUCAAAAUGAAAGAGAUUUCAGAGGCCUUCUUGGGACAGCAGGUUAACAAUGCGGUCAUCACAGGCCCAGCCAACUUUAAUGACUCCCAACGGCAGGCCACCAAGGAUGCAGGCGUCAUCAUCGCUGGUGUAAAUGUCUUGAUCAUCAAUGAACCCACCGCAGCUGCCAUGGCCUAUGGCCUGGACAAAGGGAACAGAGGGGAGCGCAAUGUGUUGACCUUUGACCUUGGAGGAGGCACCUUCGAUGUGUCAGUCCUGACGAUAGGAGAUGGCAUUUUUGAAGUGAAGGCAACAGCAGGAGAUACCCACCUGGGUGGGGAGGACUUUGACAAUCGCAUGGUCCAACACUUUGUCGAAGAGUUCAAGAGGAAAAACAAGAAGGAUAUCAGUCAAAACAAGAGGGCUGUGAGGAGAUUGUGUACAGCAUGCGAGAGGGCCAAGAGAACUCUGUCGUCCAGCACCCAGGCAAGCCUCGAAAUCGACUCGCUCUUUGAAGGUAUUGACUUCUACACAUCCAUCACCAGGGCACGCUUUGAGGAGCUAAACUCUGAACUCUUCAGGGGAACAUUAGAACCUGUUGAAAAAGCCCUUAGGGAUGCUAAGAUGGACAAGAGCAAAAUCCAUGACAUUGUACUCACUGUAGGUGGCUCGACACGCAUCCCUAAAAUUCAAAAACUCCUGCAGGAUUUCUUCAACGGUAGAGAUUUGAAUAAAAGCAUAAAUCCGGAUAAGGCAGUAGCAUACGGAGCAGCUGUCCAGGCUGCAAUUCUCAUGGGUGAUACUUCAGAGAACGUACAGGACUUACUGCUGCUGGACGUGGCUCCACUCUCUUUGGGUAUCGAGACUGUUGGGGGAGUCAUGACACCUCUGAUUAAACGCAAUACCACUAUCCCAUCAAAGCAGACACAGAUAUUCUCAACAUAUGCAGACAACCAGCCCGCUGUGCUAAUGCAAGUGUAUGAAGGUGAACGAGCACUGACCAAAGAUAAUAACCUCCUUGGAAAGUUUGACCUCACUGGUAUCCCGCCUGCGCCUCGUGGAGUGCCUCAGAUUGAGGUGACCUUUGACAUCGACGCAAAUGGUAUCCUGAAUGUUUCAGCAGCUGACAAGAGCACUGGCAAGGAGAACAAGAUCACAAUCACCAACGAUAAGGGACGGUUAAGCAAAGAAGAAAUUGACAGGAUGGUCCAAGAAGCCGACAAGUACAAGGAGGAGGAUGAACGCCAGAGAGAGAGGGUCGCUGCCAAGAACGCCCUUGAGUCAUACGCCUUCAAUAUGAAGAGCAGCGUGGAGGAUGAGAAGAUGAAGGGAAAAAUAAGUCAGGAGGAGAAGAAGAAAGUCAUUGAGAAGUGUAAAGAAGCAAUCUCCUGGCUCGACAACAACAACCAGCUGGCUGAAAAGGAAGAGUAUGAGCACCACCUGAAGGAACUGGAGAAAGCCUGCAGUCCAGUCAUCUCCAAACUGCACCAGGGAGGGGUGCCACCAGGGGGCUGCGAAGCCCAGGCUCACGCUGAAUCUCAAGGAGGUCCCACCAUUGAGGAAAUGGAUUAA